AUUUCGAUGAAAUACCUAUGUCACUUUUUACGCGUAUAGAGUGUACAUUGUACAAGUAGAGUGUAAAAACUAACUUAAAAUUUGUUUUAAUGAAAAACUAAAAGGAAACUCAAUUGAUAUCAACGUCGAAGACAUUCGAAACAAUGGGUAACACUGACACAAAGCUAAAUUUCCGGAAAACCGUCAUUCAACUGGGAACCAAGAAUCAGCAAAUCGAAGCCAGCGAUGACCAGUUUUGGGAACAAUUUUGGACCGAUCACUCUACAACCGUUCAGGAUGUGUUUGCACUUAUACCUGCCAGUGAGAUAAGAACGUUGCGUGAAAAUAAUCCAGCCAAUUUAGCGACUCUGUGUUACAAAGCCACAGAGAGAUUAGUGCGUUGCGUCGACUCAUCCUGUCGAACCCAGACUGAGCAACAAGCUGCCUUAAAUUGCGUACGAUUACUAUCAAGAAUCCUGCCUUAUAUUCUCGAGGAUGCUGAAUGGAAGAAUUUCUUCUGGUCGUCAUUGCCAUCUGGAGUGGAAAAUGAUGAUUCUACGACACCGUUGGCCCAUAGCUUGCUGAAUGCUAUUUGUGAUUUGCUGUUUUGUCCUGACUUUACCGUCGUCGCAACGAGACGUUCCGGUCCCGAUAAAGCUGAAGAGCUGGCAAACAUUGACAGCUGUGAAUACAUAUGGGAAGCUGGAGUCGGAUUCGCCCAAUCACCACCCAAAAAUGCUAUCUUAGAGCAGCGGCGUACGGAACUGUUGAAACUGUUGCUGACCUGCUUCUCGGAAACGAUGUACCGAUCACCCACUCAGAGUGAGGAAGCAAACAAAUGGAUCGUUCACUUUACAAGCGCCGAGAAUCGGCAUGCGUUACCACUGUUCACGUCACUUCUGAACACCGUCAGUGCAUACGAUCCCGUUGGACUGGGCUUGCCGUACAAUCACAUCAUUUUCACCGAUACGAUGGAACCCCUGGUCGAAGUUUGUCUGCAGAUAUUGAUCGUCACAUUGGAUCACGACAUGACGGUGCACAGUCCUACCUCGGCUACAUUCGAGGAAGCGAGUGUCGGCGACAAUCUGUUCAUCAAUUACUUGUCGCGCGUUCAUCGGGACGAAGAUUUCCAGUUUAUUCUCAAGGGAAUCACGCGAUUGUUGAACAAUCCAUUGGUGCAGAGCUAUUUGCCUAAUUCGACGAAACGCCUGCACUGCCAUCAGGAAUUGCUGGUGUUCUUCUGGAAGAUUUGCGAUUACAACAAAAAGUUCUUGUACUACGUGCUGAAGAGCAGCGACGUUCUGGACAUUCUAGUUCCUAUUUUGUAUCAUCUGAACGAUUCCAGAGCCGAUCAAUCUCGCGUUGGCCUAAUGCAUAUCGGAGUUUUCAUACUGCUGCUGCUGUCCGGUGAACGAAACUUUGGAGUGCGUUUGAACAAGCCGUACACUGCAACGGUUCCCAUGGACAUUCCCGUUUUCACUGGUUCGCAUGCCGACUUAUUGGUCACGGUAUUUCAUAAAAUCAUUGCGACUGGUCAUCAGCGUCUCCAGCCGUUGUUCGAUUGUCUGCUUACAAUUUUAGUCAACGUAUCACCGUACCUCAAGACAUUGUCGAUGGUGGCGGCGAUUAAACUACUGCAUUUACUGGAAGCGUUUAGCACUCCCUGGUUUCUGUUCUCUGCCCCGUCAAAUCACCAUUUGGUAUUCUUCUUGCUGGAAAUCUUCAACAACAUCAUCCAAUAUCAAUUCGACGGAAAUUCGAACUUAGUCUACACCAUCAUUCGAAAACGGCACGUUUUCCAUGCGCUAGCCAAUCUUCCAUCCGACUACCACGGCAUCUCAAAGUGUUUGAACAGUCGCAAAGGAAUACGCACUCAAAGUCAUAUCGUUGCGCCACCACCCGAAGAACGACUAGAAAGAACUCCGUCACCGGAAGGCGAAGCAGAAUCGUCGGAUGGCGAUACGAAAAGCGAAAUCAUUGAAAAUUCCAUGGAAGGUUCGACACCGGCUCAACCGGCAGAACCGGGAACUUUAAAAGUUUCGUUGUUGGACACACCUGAUCUCGGUUUGAUGACGGAAAGUGAGUCAGCGCACCCGAGUAGUCAGCCAGAAUUUGCAGAAUUUGCACCGGUUGACGAAACUGAAUUGAUACAAGAUUCCGACGAGAGAACAUUGAAAGCUGCUGAAUCGCCAUCGAAAAACUCACUGCAGGAACCAUCUUCAUUCAAACGAUCCGUUGCGCAGCGCGGUAGCAUACGGGUCACUCCGGCCAAUUUACCAGUAUCAUCGCCAAUGUGGAAUCCAUCGCCGGAAUGGGUGUCAUCGUGGCGCGUCAAGUUACCACUGCAAACCAUAAUGAGACUACUUCAAGUCCUAGUACCACAAGUGGAAAAGAUUUGCAUCGACAAAGGCCUGACGGACGAGUCGGAAAUUUUGAAAUUUUUGCAGCAUGGCACUCUGGUCGGCCUGUUACCGGUUCCUCAUCCGAUUCUGAUUCGAAAGUAUCAAGCGAACAGCGGAACGACAGCAUGGUUUCGUACUUAUAUGUGGGGAGUGAUAUACUUGAGAAACGUUGAUCCGGCUAUUUGGUACGACACAGAGGUCAAAUUGUUUGAAAUACAACGGGUUUAAGGCGACGACGAGAUGGACGAAUGCUGUACUGGUACCCAUUUGAUUUAAGGCAAUGUCAACUGAUGAAGUUAGAGUCUGAGUUUCUCUCGGGGAAUUUGAAUUUUCGUUUUUUUUUUGUUUUGUUUGUUUUUAAAGAUUUAUCAAAUUUUUGUUAAUUUAUUUAUUGCACUGGAAGAGACAGACCGUUAGACC